AUGGACUGUGACACCUGUGGGCUCUACACUCUGGACCCUCAUGCUGCAGUGGGCUCUACACUCUGGACCCUCAUGCUGCAGUGGGCUCUACACUCUGGACCCUCAUGCAGCAGUGGGCUCUACACUCUGGACCCUCAUGCAGCAGUGGGCUCUACACUCUGGACCCUCAUGCAGCUGUGGGCUCUACACUCUGGACCCUCAUGCUGCAGUGGGCUCUACAUUCUGGACCCUCAUGCAGCUGUGGGCUCUACACUCUGGACCCUCAUGCUGCAGUGGGCUCUACACUCUGGACCCUCAUGCAGCUGUGGGCUCUACACUCUGGACCCUCAUGCAGCAGUAGGCUCUACACUCUGGACCCUCAUGCUGCAGUGGGCUCUACACUCUGGACCCUCAUGCAGCUGUGGGCUCUACACUCUGGACCCUCAUGCUGCAGUGGGCUCUACACUCUGGACCCUCAUGCUGCAGUGGGCUCUACACUCUGGACCCUCAUGCAGCAGUGGGCUCUACACUCUGGACCCUCAUGCAGCAGUGGGCUCUACACUCUGGACCCUCAUGCAGCUGUGGGCUCUACACUCUGGACCCUCAUGCUGCAGUGGGCUCUACACUCUGGACCCUCAUGCAGCUGUGGGCUCUACACUCUGGACCCUCAUGCUGCAGUGGGCUCUACACUCUGGACCCUCAUGCAGCUGUGGGCUCUACACUCUGGACCCUCAUGCAGCUGUGGGCUCUACACUCUGGACCCUCAUGCUGCAGUGGGCUCUACACUCUGGACCCUCAUGCAGCUGUGGGCUCUACACUCUGGACCCUCAUGCAGCACCACUCGCAGCAGCCGCUAUAAUGAAGUGGCACUGCAUCAUCACAAACCGCGCAUCCAGUUUAAAUGAGCCAAAGAAGAGCCUGUGUCCUAUUAUUCACUAG